ACGUCAGGGGGCAACACAGGUAGCGUCAAAAUGGCGUACAACAGGUGCUUGUUGUAAACAAACAUCAAUUUUUAGUGUCUUACAUUUGAUAACAAUAAUGCCGGGUAAAAAGAAGGGGAAGUCAAAAAAGAGCAAGAGUAAGAAGAGCGGCAGUAAAUCUCUAAAGGAGAAUAACUCCCCGUCAGAUCCAAUCGCACCUGCUUUUGUUCCUCCUCCCCCUAAACCAGGAGAAAGUCUUGUUAAAUUGUUGACCUCAAAUCCUGUGGAUGAAAAGGAAGUCCAUGGAUACAAAAUGUCUAACAGAAUCCUUAAACACCUUACAGCUCAAGAGAUAAGAGAUCUUCUGGUUGUGUUCGAGUUGUUUGAUACAAAUAAUGAUGGGUACAUAAACUCUGCUGAACUUAGAAGAGCAAUGAGAGCCCUAGGGUUUAAGUGUAGCAGAGAUGAUGCCAAGCAAAUGAUUGUAGAUGUCAAUUUAAAAGGCAGGAGUCAAAUUGAGUUCACUGAAUUUCUGGAGGUGAUCAUUGAUAGACAAGGAGAUUCUCGAGAUAUGUAUGAUGAAAUCCUCAAGGGAUUCAGCAUGUUUGACUAUGAUAAAUCGGGGGCAAUAUCAUUAGACAAUUUGAAAAUGGCAUGUGAAGAUGCUGGUAUAAAAUUCACACAGAAGGAGCUAGAAGAAAUGAUAGAAGAGGCAGAUAUAAAUGGAGAUGGUCGAGUCGACCAAUCAGAAUUCAUCCGUAUAAUGCUCCAAACGAACCUCUUCUGAUAUAAAUUUAGAAUGAAACUGUAAGAAGAAAUGGUGAAGUGAAAUUCUUGUUCAUAUCUGUAGUGUGAAUGAUGAAAUUGUUAUAUAAAUACUGUUGUUUAUCUUUGUUACAAUUGUACGUUUUAAGUGCAUUUUUUAACUUGCCUCUGCAAUUUGUUUGAGAUUAAGAUAUAACAAAUUAAACACUCACAUUAAGGUUUAA